AUGUCGGGCACAAGCAACGUCGGUACCUCCGCAGUCUACGAGGCUGGUGACCAGCGCAAUGCACCAGAGUCAGAGCAAGAGAAGCCCACCAAGUUUGAGGAGGGCAAGGAGAAUGCUCAUGACCAGAACGAUCCCAAGGAUGAGCGCUCCAUCGCCAACCGCCUAGCCGCCGCAAAACCUCAGAACGACAGCACGAGCGGGAAGGAUCUCUCUGCUGAAGACAAGGCUGCUCAGGAAGAUCCCACUGCUCCAGCGAAGAUGCACGGAAACGAGCCGUCGAAGGGCGCGAAGAUCGACAAGAGUAUCGCUGACGAGGAGGCUGAGCUCAUCGCGAAGAAGGACGCCGCCAAAGCGCAGUCGAAGAAGGACAAGAAGUGA